GUACGGACAGAAGCCCGGAGAGGAUGAAGAUGAGACGCUACAAGCUCUUCCUCAUGUUCUGUAUGGCCGGCCUGUGCCUCAUCUCCUUCCUGCACUUCUUUAAGACCCUGUCCUACGUCACCUUCCCCAGAGAACUGGCCUCCCUCAGCCCUAACCUCCUGUCCAGCUUCUUCUGGAACAAUGCCCCCGUCACGCCCCAGGCCAGCCCAGAGCCGGGGAGCCCCGACCUGCUGCGGACCCCACUCUAUUCCCACUCGCCCCUGCUCCAGCCGCUGUCCCCCAGCAAGGCCGCCGAGGAACUCCACCGCGUGGACUUCGUGCUCCCCGAGGACACCACCGAGUAUUUCGUCCGCACCAAAGCCGGGGGUGUCUGCUUCAAACCCGGCACCAAGCUGCUGGAGAAGCCCCCGUCGGGGCGGCCGGAGGAGAAGACGGAGGCGGGCGAUGGCUCCUCGGGCACGUUCGAGUACAUCCGCCACAAGGUGCUCUACGUCUUCCUGGACCACUUCCCGCCGGGCGGGCGGCAGGACGGCUGGAUCGCCGACGACUACCUGCGCACCUUCCUGACGCAGGACGGCCUGGCGCGGCUGCGCAACCUGCGGCCCGACGACGUGUUCAUCAUCGACGACGCGGACGAGAUCCCCGCGCGCGACGGCGUGCUCUUCCUCAAGCUCUACGACGGCUGGACCGAGCCCUUCGCCUUCCACAUGCGCAAGUCCCUCUACGGCUUCUUCUGGAAGCAGCCGGGCACCCUGGAGGUGGUGUCGGGCUGCACGGUGGACAUGCUGCGCUCGGUGUACGGGCUGGACGGCAUCCGCCUGCGCCGCCGCCAGUACUACACGAUGCCCGCCUUCCGGCAGUACGAGAACCGCACGGGCCACAUCCUGGUGCAGUGGUCGCUGGGCAGCCCCCUGCACUUCGCCGGCUGGCACUGCUCCUGGUGCUUCACCCCCGAGGGCAUCUACUUCAAGCUCGUGUCUGCCCAGAACGGGGACUUCCCGCGCUGGGGCGACUACGAGGACAAGCGGGACCUCAACUACAUCCGGAGCCUGAUCCGCACCGGGGGCUGGUUCGACGGCACGCAGCAGGAGUACCCGCCGGCCGACCCCAGCGAGCACAUGUACGCCCCGAAGUACCUGCUGCAGAACUACAACCAGUUCCGCUACCUGCUGGACAACCCCUACCAGGGGCCCAGGAGCACGGCCGCAGGGGGGCCGCGGAGCAGGGGCUCGGAGGGAAGGCCCGCCGCCAGGGCCAAGUCGGACGCGGUGGAAGGCUAAGGUGGCGCGGUGUUUAGGGCCAGUGGCAGGGCAGGGGUGCGACUGCCCUCCUGUCAUCUUCCUGCCUCCUGACCUCGGGGGUCUUGAGAGAGGGGACCGGAAGUGGAUGCUGGGAGACUCUUCCCUGUCCAAGCCCUGGUGGCUCGGGGUCAGGCCUGUGACCUCAAAAACCGUCACUCCUCAUGGUGAGAGGGGACCCUGACCCUCCUGCCCUCCAAGCGAGCUGUGCCAGGAGGUGCCCCGGAGGGUGCAGGAUGGUAACUGGGUGGCUGGGGAGGGUGGGAAGGAGCUGCAGGAGCUCCUGGUGGCCUGCGGGAGCUGCUGUGUGAAAGGCAUGCCGGGAGGUCCCCAGCUCUGUAAAUAGUUGCAUUUGGGCCCAGGCGGAAGCGGGGACGCCAGGGAAGGAGGGUGUGGAAAACAGCAUCCAGCUGAGAGGUGGCCCAGUGUCCUCGGAAGUGCUGGGCCAGGAGCUGGGGACCUCCAGCCGCCUCCCCUCAGGGCCCCAGAGGCUCCUGAGGUGACAUAGGCAGGGGCUGGCGAAGCCGGGGGCGGCCUCCUCUCAGUUCUGAACCUGGCGUUGAUGUCCCUUCUUACUUUUUAUCUUUCCGUCUAGUGGGCUCCCCCUUGGUCCUCGCAAGGCCAGGAGUCCAGUACUCAGGGUGGGAUGGGACAUCAGCCAGCCUAGUAGGUCAGACAGGGGUGCCCCACACCCCUUCCUGCCGGAAUCCCCAGCCCCAGCUCUCCACUGUCUCAGGUGGAGUUACCCUGUACCCCUUCUUGGUGUUGGCUAGGGGCCAGAAAAGAGCCCCGAGGCUGUCCUGGGCCCCAGAGGGCCACUACGACCAGUUCUGUGCCAUCUCCUGCCUCUCAGUGUGCCCCACAGGGGCAGGAGAUGUAUUCGUUAAAGUAGAUUUUAAGCUGCUGUAAUGGAAAGACCCCGAAAUACAGUGGUUUAAGCAAGACAGAAGCUUGUGUCUAAUUUGACUGUCUAGAGGGAGAU